AUGUUGACGCGCGCAGUCCGAGCACGUCGCAAUGCGGAGGCCGAGUAUGGGAGCAGUCUGAGCGAAAAUGAGGAUCAACAUGUCGCCGAGUGGCACACAAGUGACUCGGCAGGAUCUUCUUAUGAUACAGCAACAUCGGUUUCGAGGAAAGAGCCAUAUAUUCUCACCGACGAAGAAGAAGAAGAAGAAGAAGAACCAACGUCCUCUCUCAAAGACAUCAGCUUCGGCGCUCUAGCCAAAGCUCAAGAAUCAUUGGCGCCUCCUCUCCGACCAGGAAAACGAAAACACACCACCGAUCCAGAGCGGGACACUUCCAACUCCGCUCCAAAGGAAGAAGAAACCCCGACCCCGUUCCGACCAACCAAGUUCUUCAAACCCUCGCACCACCGCACCUCCAAACACGCCCCACAGACCCUCUCAACCCGCCACGCCGUCCCGCGAAAACGCACCAUCAUCGAGCCCUCGGCAGCCCUGAAAUCGCGCGACCCGCGCUUCGACCCAACACACCUCCACCCCAGCACCACCUCCCGUGCCGCCGAAUCCGAACAGGCCAAUAAAAACUACUCCUUCCUAACCAGCUACCGGCAAUCCGAGCUGCAAGCCCUCCAAGCCCAGCUCAAAGCCGCGCAAAAUCCUCUCCCUUCCAAAAAGAAAAAGAAAAAUGCAACAACCGCAGCACCAGCUCCCGCCUCGGACCCCGAAACAAUCGCCAAUCUGAAACGGCAGAUCAUGUCCCUAAGCUCCAAACUCGCCAACGCAGAGACCAAGACGCGCGAACGCGAGAUCCUGCGCGCACACCGAGCGAAGGAGAGAGAAGCGAUGCGAGAGGGGAGGAAGACUCAGCCCUACUACCUGAAGAAGGGGGCGGUGAGGAAGGAGAUUGAAAAGGAGAGGUUCGAGGGGUUGGGGAAGAGAGCGAGGGAGAAGAAGGAGGAGAGGAGACGGAAGAGGGAGAAGGGCAAGGAGGGGAGGGGCCUACCGAGAGUCAGGAGGGACAGAGAUAUAGCUACUAGAUCGGAAAGGUGA